GGGAGCCUCCCGUCACCGCGCCGCGCAGGGAAGUCUGGCAGUUUAGCCUUGAGUGAUUCCGUGAAACUGAGGGAAGAGGUUCUCGCCGCUGCUCUUCAGAGGCUGCGGUCGUGAGAGGGAAAAGCAGAUUCGGAGGCGUGUGCGUGUGUGUGAGCAGACGCGGGGUGCGUUUGGGUGAGGUAUCUGCGUGAGAAGGCAGAGACGGAAGGAGGAGGCAGGAGCAGGACUGAAGUGUAGAGCAGCUGUUUCCUAAUACUCCGGUUCUUUUGGGUGCCUCGGUGAAUGUGAACAUGGAUUCUGUCACUGAAAUCUUCUUGAUGCUGCUGUUUCUGCUCUCUGCUCGUGACUGGCACACGGCAGUGGCGGGGGAUAAAUAUAAUUGUGAUGAUCAGUUGGUGUCUUCUUUGCCUCAGUCAUCUUUCAGCAGUUCAUCAGAGCUGUCUAGCAGUCACAGCCCGGAAUUUGCAAGGCUUAAUCGAAGAGAGGGUGCUGGUGGCUGGUCUCCACUUGUGUCCAAUAAAUAUCAGUGGCUUCAAAUUGAUCUUGGUGAAAGAACUGAGAUUACUGCUGUUGCUACUCAAGGUGGUUAUGGGAGCUCCGACUGGGUAACAAGCUACCUUCUAAUGUUUAGUGAUGGUGGACGAAACUGGAAGCAGUAUCGUCAAGAAGAAAGCACUUGGGCCUUUUCUGGAAACACAAAUGCAGACAGUGUCGUAUACUAUAAGCUUCAACAUUCCAUUAAAGCAAGAUUUCUCCGUUUUGUGCCUUUGGACUGGAAUCCCAACGGCAGGAUUGGAAUGCGCAUUGAAGUGUAUGGAUGCACAUACAUGUCCGAGGUGGUUGGCUUUGAUGGGAAAAGUUGUCUAAUUUAUACAUUUCAUCAAAAACCUGUGAGUGCACUGAAAGAUGUGAUUUCUCUGAAGUUUAAGACAAUGCAAAGUGAAGGAAUUGUCCUCCACAGGAAAGGACAAAAUGGAGACCACAUCACCCUGGAAUUAAUUAAAGGGAAGCUAUCCCUACUCAUUAACUUAGGUGAUACUAAAACACAUCCUUCUAAUACCCAAAUUACUCUGGGAAGUCUUUUGGAUGAUCAGCACUGGCAUUCUAUUCUCAUUGAGCACUUUAACAAUCAAAUAAAUUUUACAGUGGAUAAACACACUCAUCAUUUUCAUGCAAAAGGAGAAUUCAAUUAUUUGGACCUUGAUUAUGAGCUCAGCUUUGGAGGGAUCCCAUUGCCUGGAAAAUCAGGAACAUUGUCACACAAGAACUUUCAUGGGUGUUUUGAAAAUAUUUAUUAUAAUGGAGUGAAUAUUAUUGAUCUGGCCAAAAGGCAUCACUCUCAGAUCUACUUCGUGGGCAACAUGUCCUUCUCAUGCUUAGAGCCACAAGUAGUUCCUGUUACAUUUCUGAGCUCCAGUAGUUAUCUGGCACUGCCAGGCACAUCAGAGCAAGACGAAGUAUUCAUCAGUUUCCAGUUUCGCACCUGGAACAAGGAGGGACUUCUGUUGUCUAGUAAACUACACCAGGCUUCAGGUGGUUUCCUCUUAUAUCUGAGUAAUGGGAAAGUUAAAAUCAGUCUUCAUAAACCAGGAAAAUCACUGAGUGACAUCACUGCAGGUACUGGAUUAAAUAAUGGCCAGUGGCAUUCAGUAUCCUUCUCUGCCAGAAGGAAUCGUAUCAGUGUAAUAGUGGACAAUGAUUUGACCUCAUCUGCUCACAGCUCCAUUCCUCUGCAAAUUCAUUCAGGAGGCGUUUUCUACUUUGGAGGCUGCCCUAACACUGGAAACAUUUCUGUAUGUAAUACUUCAGUUGCUGGCUUUCAAGGAUGCAUGCGACUUAUUUCCAUUGGUAACAAAGCAGUGGAUAUGAUCUCAGUUCAGCAAAAUAUUUUGGGCAAUUUCAGUGACCUACAGAUAGAUUUAUGUGGCAUUAUAGACAGGUGUUUGCCUAAUUACUGUGAACAUGGUGGUGAAUGUUCACAGACCUGGAACAGUUUUUACUGCAACUGUGCCAAUACUGGUUACAAGGGAGCUACUUGCCACUAUCCCAUCUAUGAGCAAUCUUGUGAAGCCUACAAGCACAGAGGGAAUACUUCAGGCCUCUACAAUAUUGAUUCAGAUGGAAGUGGCCCCUUGGGACCAUUUCUCGUAUAUUGUAAUAUGACAGAUACAACGUGGACAAUUAUACAGCAUAACAACACCAACCUAACCAGAGUAAAAAGUGCUAAUCGAGAGAACCCCCAUACUGUGUUUUUCAAAUACUCUGCCAGCUUAGACCAGCUUCAGGCUACAAUUAACCGUGCAGAGCACUGUGAACAGGAGCUUGCUUACCACUGCAAAAAGUCGAGACUUUUAGAUAAACGAGAUGGGAUGCCACUGAGCUGGUGGAUUGGAAGAACCAAUGAAACACAGACUUACUGGGGAGGUUCCUUGCCUGCUGUACAAAAAUGUGCUUGUGGAUUAGAGGGAAGCUGCAUUGAUUCACAGCAUUACUGCAACUGUGAUGCGGACAGAGAUGAAUGGACCAAUGAUACUGGAUUCAUUUCCUACAAGGAGCAUCUACCAGUGACUGAAAUUGUGAUCACAGACACUGACAGACCAAGUUCUGAAGCAGCUUACAAACUGGGGCCUUUGCUUUGCCGUGGAGACAGAACAUUUUGGAAUUCAGCAUCCUUCAACACAGAGAUGUCCUACUUGCAUUUCCCCACCUUCCAUGGAGAGCUCAGUGCAGAUGUCUCAUUUUUCUUUAAAACUACUGCUUCCUCAGGAGUGUUUUUAGAAAACCUGGGAAUUCAAGACUUCAUAAGGAUAGAGUUAUACUCUGCAUCUGAAGUGAUUUUUUCGUUCGAUGUUGGAAACGGACCUAGCGAAGUUACAGUGCAAUCACUCACUUCUUUAAAUGACAACCAGUGGCAUUAUGUGAAGGCUGAACGCAACAUCAAAGAGGCAUCCUUACAAGUAGAUCAGCUUCCUCAAAAGUCUUACACUGCUCCACCUGAUGGGCAUAUUCGCUUGCAGCUCAACAGCCAGCUUUUUGUAGGUGGAACAGCAUCCAGGCAAAAAGGAUUUGUGGGAUGCAUUCGUUCUUUACAGUUGAAUGGAAUGUCCCUAGACCUGGAAGAGAGAGCAAAGAUAACGCCAGGAGUUGAACCAGGAUGUCCUGGACAUUGUAGCAGCUAUGGUAACCUGUGCCAUAAUGGUGGAAAAUGUAGAGAGAAAUACAGUGGAUUCUCCUGUGACUGCACUUUCUCUGCCUAUGCUGGGCCAUUCUGUAAGAAAGAGAUCUCUGCCUAUUUUGGGACUGGCACUUCUGUGACAUACAAUUUUCAAGAAUACUACACCUUAGCUAAAAAUUCCAGUUCUCAUGCAUCUUCUUUUUAUGCUGACAUGACACUGAACAGGGAAGAAAUUUCGUUUGCCUUCCGAACAACACGGACACCAAGCUUACUGCUUUAUAUCAGCUCCUUCUACAAGGAAUAUCUAUCAGUCAUUCUCACCAGAAACGGAAGUUUACAGAUCAGGUAUAAGCUAGACAGCCAUCAAGAUCCUGAUGUCUUCAACGUCAAUACGAAAAGCAUGGCUGAUGGACAACUGCAACACGUGAAGAUUAACAGAGAGGAAGAAAUGCUCUUUGUAGAGGUUAACCAGAAUGAAAGAAUGAAGUUCAUUUUGUCUUCAGGCACAGAAUUCAAUGCAGUCAAGUCUCUCACACUUGGCAAGAUUUUAGAAAACAGCGAUGUAGAUGAAGAGACUAUGAAAGCAAGCUCUCAGGGGUUUAUUGGAUGUCUGUCUUCAGUGCAGUUCAACCACAUUGCUCCUUUGAAGGCCGCACUGCACCACAGCAGCUCAGCCUCUGUCAUUGUAAAGGGACGCUUCACUGAAUCCAACUGUGGUACUUUAACUGGAGCUGACUCAACAUCAAGUGAAACAACCCAUUCAUUUGCAGAUCACUCUGGAUCAAUAGAUGAGGGAGAGCCCUUAGCUAAUGCAAACAGAAGUGACUCUGCAGUUAUUGGAGGCGUGAUAGCAGUCGUGAUAUUUAUCCUGCUUUGCAUCACUGUCAUAGCCAUACGCAUUUAUAUUAAAAAAGGCAUAUACUCAAAAAAUGAGGCAAAAGGAUCUGAAAAUGAAGACAGUGCUGAAUCUGCACUGAAGAGUGAGCUCAGCAUGCAAAACACAGCCAAUGAAAAUCAAAAGGAAUACUUCUUCUGAUUGACAUUCAUGAUUUAAUUUAAUAUAAUAACGUGACAGUCUGACUUUCUUGCUAAGCCAGUGGCUCUCAAUGGACAGAAAAAGCUCUUGUACUCUACAGUAAAUGCAAUGGAUUUGAGACUUGUUAUACUGCAUAUGUUCAGUCUCAGUGAUUGCUAUUGGGGGCCUCUUUAAAUUACAUGCAUUCCUUAGCUAUUAUACUGUAAAUGCAUUUUCUGUAACAGUGGAUUAGAUAUUGUAAUAAAUUUCAUUGUUGGUAGUUUCCAACUGUUCUGAUGUGACCUACAGCUGAAGUUUAACGUACAUGCUGAAUAUGAUUUUUGAAUGGGAAAAUUGUUAUGAAGUUAUUCCCAUCUUUUUCUUUGAAAUUUGAUUCUGGAAUUUUGUUCAAGGUGAAAGAUGGAUUCUAAUACUUCGUGUUACUAAAGAAAUUCUUCUAUGUAGCAUUAUAGUGAUCCCUUUUACUUCCUCAAACUGAAAAUGCCUUUUGAACGCUAGGUGAUGUCAGCUUCUGCUUGCGAGCCAUGGAGUUUGAUGUCCAAAACAAACUGUACUUUUUUGCCCCGGAUGUGACCGACGGUAUCACUAUGCCUUCUUUUUGACACUUCCGUCUUAUAAACUGAGAGUGUACAGUGUGUAGAAAUGCUGUUAUAUCUCUUUUGCAUUAGGUUUUCACUCAUGGUCAAGUGGUGGCACGAAAUUAGAUUCUUGCACAUUCUAGGCAUUUUAAAUAAAAUUGUGAUUAUAAAAGAUUAUAUUUACUUGGAAAGAUGAAGUAAUACAUUAACAAUAGUUAAAUUGCCAUGAGUGAAAACACAAAAGAUGAUGAGUGUUAUUAUCCCUGGGGUUUAGUAAUGCUGCUUCUGUCAAGAAGUAAUGGUCUGUGCACUAUCUCAGAUGUACUCUCUGAAAACAUCGUAUUUACGAUCUGCUCCAGACCUCAAGAUUAAGUUCUAAAUGAUAUAUAUUGUUUAUGAUUAUUAUGACAAUAGAAUUAGGGCAUUUAGAGUCUAGUAUAGUGGCUGUUUCUUCGAUACUUCUGUUCUUCACCCUUAAUAGUAACUACUAUAUUGCUGCAAGAUAAGGUCUGAUGAUACUUCUCAAAAUUAAACAAGUGCUUUCUAUCCUGACAGAAUAAAUAAGAGCUGCCUGUGAUCUUGUAUGAACAAAUUAUCGCCUAUGAAGUGUAAGUUUAAGUUGUCCAAACAGAAGGUUGUAAGGUCACUUUAAACACCAUAAGGUACCUGGGAUGUCCUUGUAAUCUGGUGAGAAUAUAAAAAAUUCUGCAGAAGGUAUGUCUCUUUUGGAAAAGACAUCUAGAAAUCAGGUACAAUACCCCAAGGCAUUGAAAAUGACACUAGAUGUCAGUAUUUAAGUAACUGACCCUCACACAAAGGUUUUUUUCGUGGUGGUGGUAGUGAGUUUUUUUCUUUUUUCUCCAAAGAGAAAACUGUGACCCUCGAGCUAAUACCUGAGAAAAGAAUCUGCAAUCCUGUGCCCUUGUAGACUUGAGUUUAAAAUUUAAAUAGCUUUCAAAACUGAUUUAUAUUUGCUCACACUGUAAGUAAUGAUAACAGUCAUUGCUUUCCUCCUCUUUCAGUGAGGAGAAACAAAGAAAGAUCCUAUACUGCAAAGUCUAGAAAAUGUUUAUCAUAACGUUAUAAAGACAUGGAAACUUGACAUGGUAUGCCAAAACUUUUAAUGUGUAGGUUUCUUUACAUAAAUUGUAUUUCUAAAUAUAAGUCCAUCAGACUUUGUCUUUUAAGGCUUAUUUACUUCCAUCAAUCUUUACUUUCUGUAAUCAGAAUUCUACAGAUCCUUAUCUGUUUCCUCCUGUACAGCUUUACUUCAUUUCCAGAGACAAAUUAUUCCUUUUCUUUUUUUUUGGCUCUGCGAACAGAGAUUUUUUUUGGAUUAAGAUGCACAGCUUUCUGUUCGUUGCAUUUCUACAAGUCUGUGCACAGCUGUGGUAGAUUAAUCAGGCUGAGGACCCAGGAUCAAGAACUGGGUGUCUAUGCCAUGUAUGUGUUAGUGUAUUCACUAGUAUUGUUUGGACCAUAACAAAACGUCACUUUUAAAAUGGUCAGAACAUGGUAAGAACGUGAUACUUGACUAUUUCCAAUAAGUGAGAUGGAUGAGAAUACCCUCAAUCUAGCUAGUUAACCUGAAGUGACAAUUACAACUCCUUUUCGAGGGUCUGGGCUAAAUUUAAUUCAAGAGUCCUUCCACGGAAUUCUCUGUAACUCAAACUGUCUGAGCCUCAAAAGGCGUCCCCUUCUUGUAGUAGACAUGUCCAUAUCCACCCUUUGUGUCACUUGGAUCAACAAAUCUAUUGACAGUGAUGAUUCCUAGUCAACUCCAUUUUAAUCACCAUGGCAUGUCGUCGCCAUGUGGGAAAAACUUGGAGAAUGGCAUUGAUUAAAAUAUAUUAGAUCACCGAAAUGGAUCUUUUGAUUGAAUGAUAAGAGACAGACCAUUCAUAUGAGAGUUAGCCACAUACUGAUGUAAUAAAACCUGCAGGGUACCCACACCAGAACAAGUUGGAAAUAAGCAAAUCUAAAUUUUCCAUCACUUUGUUUUACUUCUAAUGCUUUGUUAAUUUUUAUAUUAUGCCUUGAUGGAGAGCAAGAUCUCAUCCCUCACUUUGUUUUUUCUAAAUGAAUAAAUAUUUUCUUUCCUUAUUCUUUGGAAUUUUUCAAAGCAACAGGAAGGGAAAAGCUGAGUAAACCACCUGUUUCAUAAACUAAAUUAAAAGAGGGAGGAGGGUAUAAAUGCCUGGAUGAAUGGCAUAUUACAUUAUUCAAAAACCUUUUUAAGAUAUUUUAUUAUAUGAAGUACUCUAAGGAGAAAAACAAAAAUGGAUUUUGUUGAAUGCACAUCUGUCUGCAGAUUUGUAGCAUACAAUAAUUACAUCUCUCUUAAGAUGCAAAUGCCCAUUUUCAUCUGUAGGAAGAGUGCUCAUAUAUUUAUCACCUGAAUCCAGAAUAUGCAGGUUCAUAGUUGAUGAAGCAGCAUUUUCCAUUACUUGCUGCAUUUCUAUAGGUAAAAAUAAUGGUGACAAGGAAGUAUGCUGAGACAUCAUGCAUCAUUGUGUUGUCCCUUUUUUUAUUUGCUAUUCUUAUGUGUGACCUUUCACCUCUCUGUUAAUAAACAUUUUUUAAAAUAAAGUGAGGAAAAUAUUUUUUACGAAAAAUUGUAUCAAAAUCUAAAAAUGACACUAAUAUACUGAUUUUUUUUUAAAUAGUAAAAAUAUGUAGAAGUGCACAUAAUAUAUUGGUGAGUGUGGUUAUUUAUUGGCAUUACCUAGUAAUAAUGUAACAAAUUUACUACACAUUGAUACUUUUUCCAGUGUAAAUAUAUUUUUUUUGCUAAGCACAAUAAGAAAUAAAUAGCAGCACAUAUACUAGUAUAUUUCUAAAGCUUUGUAUGUAUGCUAGCUACAAAGAGCUUAUAAUUAUUUAUGUACAUUUAGCACAUAAAUAUGAUUUAGUUAGGUGUUGGGGAAACAUUUUCCAACUCAUCUCCUGUUGUGUAGAUGAAGAAUUUGUAAUAACCUAAGAGCAAAAUUUAACAUAAAAUGUACUAAUAAUCAAAAGAAAUUUACAGCACCAUUAUUCAUGGCAGCGAAGUACAUGGAAAAAAAAGUGUGUCAAUGGCAAAACAAACAGAAUUCCUGGGAGGAAGCAAAUGCACAAGUUAGAGUGUAGACUUAGAUGCCCAAAAGCCUGCAGGACCAGUGUGAGAUAAAAGCACAAGAUGAACCACUUGCAGGUCAGUAGAGGACUGAUAGGAAAAUAUCCUUUUGAAUAAAACUAAUUACCUUGAGUAGUAACUGUAGCAAUUUACACCCAAGGCGGAGUUGUAGAUGUAUAGCCAGUGUGAAGUCACCAGGGAAAAAUAUUCUUUGUAAUACAAAAAUAUUUACUAAAUCACAAAAUUUAAUGCUGAAAAAGCAUGGUGCCCUGGUUUCUGCAGUGCAAUGCACAUUCUCCUGAUUAAGCAUGCAGAAAUGCCAUGUAAUUUUACCUAAUCAAGCUUCUAGUUCUGCAGACAAAAGUAAAACAACUGCAUGGUGUUUCAGAUUGUUUAAUGAGAUUGUGCAUUAUCAAGAGGAAUAAAAAUGAAAGAUUCUAUAGAAAGUAGUACUGAAUAAAAAGGUACAGAUAUGAAGGUUCUGAAAUAAUUUCAGUGAGGCUUUUUUUUUUUUUUUUUAAGUAUACACAAAAACAGGCUUAAAAGAAUAAGGAGAAGGAACUUCCCUUUAAAUUUAAUCUUUUCAGGCCCUUUCCUUGGGACAUUUUGGUGGUAGUGGGAAGGAAGGGUUUCAUGGGUUUGUGUACGGAAAGUGUAAAACAAGCAAAAAACCAAGCUGUGCUUUGUGAAGAAGCCAUGCUCUUCCUCAUUCUUGGAGAGCUAUCUGAAAAAUACUUUUUUAAUAGAACUGGCACUGUUCUUUGGAUAUGUUGUCCAAACAUCUUAAUCUUUGAUCUUACCCUUUUUAAGAAAGGAAUCAAAUGUCACAACAGUAGAUGAUACCUUUCCUUCAAACACUGGCAUAAAGUAUAUGAAUUUAUAACUACCAUCUAUGAUGAAAUUCUGAUGUUGCUAACAUUUUGUAUAAAUAACACUGACUAAAUCAUGCCUAAAGACUGUAUUAAAUAGUGUGGUAAAUCCACAGUAAAAAUUUCCAUAAGCAUAUGCGCAAAAGUACACUCAAACAGACACACACAUGUAUGCACAUAAAUUACCUCUGUAGUCGUUGCUAAGGUUCUUCAGAUUUUUAUCAUUUUAUUUGUAUUAUGGCAAAUACUGAAAAACAGUCCAGAAUUCCGAAAUAUCAAAAGUAUUAGAGCUUGCAGUUUCUUCCAGAAUAGUAAGUAGCAGAGAGACUGCUGAUGGGGGAAGAAAAGAUUGUAGCAUUAUAGCACUUCUCACACAGAGACAGUGCUGUAGUAUGUUCCUCUUCUUUUUUUUUUUUUCCUCUUUUCCUUCUCCCUCCCCCAGUUACAUACAGGAAUUGAUAAAUCAUUUGACUGAUAGCAAAAGUCAGUUAUUUCACACACACACAAAGUCACUCCACUGAACAUCAAAUUCAAGCUACUGUCUCACGUCUCUUGGAAAACCAUAAAUCAAUGUACGAUCUUUUAACCAGCUAAUAAAUCCUUUACCACUCCACAUCUCCCAGUCAGUUAACCAGCUUUUAGGAAGUAUCAGGACUCAUACCUUCAGAAUAGGUGCGGCAGUGGGCAUCAAUGAAAGACUCCUAAAUCUGCAGAAGAGGAACAGCUAUUCAAAAUUCUUCUGAGGACCAAGAAAAAUAUAGAGGAAUUGUCAAUGAUCACCUCUGAUUUCACAAAUAUGCAUUUGGAAUCAAGAACCUAUUGAUAAAAGCAUAAAAAGAACUUUUAAAAUAAUACAUAUCUUAUUCAGCAAAAUGGCAUAUACCAGACAGGAGUUGGUAAUGUUUGUAUGUUACAUCUUUUAAUAUGACAUAGUCUUUGGGUCUUCUAGCUUAUUCUGAUAUAUGCAAGAACUUAUUGUAAUACAAUGCAGUCUUUUUGGGGUUUAUGAACUAAUGUUUUUUGUUGUAAAUAGCAGAAGUGUCUUGCAAGCAAUUUAUAAGGCCAAUGUUAAUUUAAUUGAAAGAAACCAUCCUAAAUUAUUCUGGACUAAAAAAGUAAAGGUUGCAAAAAUGUCCCUCACUCCAUAAUACAAAUUCAGUGAUGGAUGCCUGUUUAUUAAACAAUUCAGAGACUUUUCUCACACUCUGCCAAGAACAGAUCCGUGUGAAUUGAGCUCUGAGGAGCUCAGGAAUAUUUAUCCUACCCUUACACAUAUGGCCUUGAAAAAGCCAUUAAUGUUCACACUCCAUUUGUACAAUAAGGAGAAAAACAAUGAAGUUUUGAGAACCUUGCUUUAUUGGUAUUUGUGAAGCCCUUUGAAGAUGGAAGUCUUUAUAUAAAUGGAUAGAUUCAUAAUAGAAAUGGGAUUCUAUCUUUUAUUUAACAAAUAAUGAUAUCAUAAGUAAUAGUUUUCUGUAUUUGUUUUAAUACAUUUAUUUCAGGAGAUGUUCCUUUUUCUUUUGGGCAGAAAUAAUAGAAUUUUCCUGCUAUUUUAUGCAUAAAGGUAGAGUGAUUCAUGAAUAAAGGGGAGAAAACCAGACAUUAGACUAUUUGAUGUAGUAUAGGUUUGGUUGCAUGUUUUCUUUCACCAGCAAAAUAAAGCCCAGAACAUUUUCAUCUAAAUAGAUGGGUAAUAAUUGAGGUAAACAAGAUAGGUGUCGUAUAGAUAAACACAAAACAUGGUUUAUAACAACACUUCUUCAUUUUUACAAAAUGUCUCCUGCAAAUUACGUAGCCCAGCGGGAAAAUCACAUCUAUACUUUUUAAAUGUAAUGCCUGGUUCCUUGUUAGUAGCUUUGGCUGCCUCGUUGUUCCUAUUUGCUGCUAUUUUUUACCACAGAGUUGUUUUUCUGUCCAGCAGUAUAUUACUCUUACCAUAGUUAAUUUUUCAGAUGACAGGACAAAAAAUUCAAUCUGCUUUAACACCCUUAAAUCUUAUGCACACAUAAAUACUCCUUAUCUAGAUAAAAUAAUUAUGUGGAUUUAUUAAGAUGAGUGUUCUAUAUGAAGAAACAAAUCUAAAAGUAAACUUGUACUGAUUUGUGGCUUCGGUUGUUUUUGUUUAUAUUUUCAAUAGAGUUUGUUUGUCGGUUUGGUUUUUGUGCCCUCCUCCCAAGGUGAACAAAGAGGGUUUUUUACUUUUAGCUUAAUCACAUACUGGUUGUGAAGAAAUUAUUUUUAAAGGGUACCACAGGAUGUUAAUAUUUAAUCUGUAAAACUGUAGCCACUAUUAGGAAGAAUACUUUCAGAAUUUUUCACGACUUAUAGCCCCAAGAUCAGCCGCUCUUUUCUAGAUGAAAAUAUUAGUAAAAAAUGGUAUAAUUAUUUUUUCAACUACAUUGAAUGGCAGUAGAAAUACAGAUUUACACUGUCUCAAGGAGAAAGUACUCUGUGGUGGCACUCACUAUGGAAAUUAAAAAAAUUUUACCUCUAUAAUAAUUCAAUAUUUACAGAUAGGGUCAUGAAAUAUUUUAGCAGUUGUGGUGUUUUUAUUACAAAGCAUUCAGGGCCUUAUCCUUGCACAACAAAAACUCCCUAUUAAAUUAAUAUUUAAAUUAAUUGUUUAGUGUCAUGAUCUAUGAAUUAGCAACUCAUAUUUGAAUUAUUGUUCUUGUGUUGUAUCUUUAAUGUUAAAUUUCAUGAUAUGUGCAUGUAUGAUUCAAAGUAAUUUUUCAUUAAUUCAAGUCAUAAACAUAAAAGUAUGUUUUGGGUGUCUUACAGAUAAAUCCUACUAGAAAGUAGCACUUAAGUAUAGAAUAGGAUUUAAAAAAUGUGUCAUAUAUUCCUGUACAUUAUACAUUGAUAAAGCUAACUUAUUUUUACAGAAUAUAAUGUGAUGGAUGUGAUCCAUUCCUAGAACACAUAAUGGGGAUACAAAGGAAAAAUGCAUCAAAAAGGCGAAGACUUUUUAACAGGGAUUUGCUUUAUUGAUAAGAAAUAUUCUUAUAAAAGUCCUCAAGAAUUUGGUUUUAUUAUACUUCUGUACAGCUAUUUUUCCAUUUAUAUAAAGUGUUUAUUUGUGAUCAUGUUAUCAAGAGUAUCUCCUUUCAAUUAUUUCUUUUGUAAAAACCAGCUAACAGUAAUUUUAGUUUCAAGCUGAUAUCUAGUUGUCUGUUCGCCUCAAUAAAGUAUCACAAACUGUAAAUCAAGCACAGCAUGAAAUAUCUAGUAUGUACUUUCUCGCUGCAAAAUAAUCACAAUAAUUAAUAGUCCUCUGAAGCAGUAAGAUCUUUGAGUGUCUAGGGUUGUCUUGACAAUCUUAUUUUAUGAGUAUAAGUAAGCCUGUUAGAAUCUAGGAAAACGUUAGUAAAUGCUUGUUAUUCAGUACUCUAGAAUGGUUAAAUCCUACGUUUGAGAAAUGAAAUGUUUUAAAAUUAAUCAGAUAACACAUGUUGUGAUAGUAAUGCUGCACCUGUGCAGUACCUGCUUGCCCACUGUGGCACUUACUAGAGAUUAACAGUCAUUUCUCCAUUAUCACAUUCACCUCAGGAUUCUUUCCUUAAAAGCUAAACAUGUUUGCGGUAAACAUCUUUUUGCCUCAUUCUUACCUUUUUUACUUCAUCUCGGAAUUUCCUGAUAUUUUGCACCAGUGUAGCGUUCAUAUUCAUGUAACUAGUGGAGAAUCUGUUAUUGUAAUUGCAUAUAAAGUUGCUGCAAUAGAGGUGGCUUUCCCAUUAGGUGGCUGUUGUGCCACCAGUUAGCUAACAAGAGAUCAGGCCUGUGAGUAUUCCUCUGCCCUGUCAGGCUGCAUGGCUAAUUUCCAUCUUGCUGAACUGGGAAAUUCCUGGCUCAGUUCCUGGGAAAAAAUUCUAUAACCAAUCUUUGGCCUCCCAGGACAGAGGUCUCCCGAGCACUGCAUUAUCCAUUCUAUCUGACCAAACAUCACCAGUGGCACGAUGCUUCUCUGUAUUUCUAGUCUCAGCUGGAAGACAGGAGGAAGUGCGCGUGCUGCUGUUCCUGCAGGACAUAAUGCUGCAAGGCCACCUGCAGCAGCUACAUAUUGGUAUACUUAGCCUCGAGACUUCUUCUUAUUACAUAUUCAAUAAAAAAGAAUAUGAAAGUCAAUGUUAGCAACUUCUGCUCAGGCCUGAGGAAGGAGGCACCUGAUAGGCUGUCAGUAGGGAUGCUCCAGCACAGGCUGUGGAUGACAGUGAUUUGUUUAAAAUAAGGAGCUGAAGGCAAAGAAGCAAAGGAAAAGCAGGAGCUGAUGGUUUGUCCUGUUGUUAGUGUUGAGACAAAUAGCAAUGUGACCUUUGGUAUGACCUAUUGAAGCAUUUCUAGAGAAAACAAAUAUGAUUAGAAACUACAUAUAUCAGCUGAGCACAGUUCUGUCCCUGUAGUUGACAAUCAGUAGAGGCAGAGCAAUGAUACAAUACAGCCUUUCCUAAGCAUGUGACAAAGUAAGUACAGAACAUUCAGUGUGAUGUCAUAGUUCUCUCACCACCCCCGAAUUUCCAGCCUUAGGUGGUAUAUUCAAGAAAUUUGUGUUAUGCUCCCUAUUCAGCAGGCUAAGUCAAGAGACUUACAAUAUGUUGGCUACUUAACUCCUGUUGAGAACUGAGACAUGUCACUCAAAUCUGUUGGCUCCUGCUCCAGAAGGCAAAUAUCUGACUGUAUUUGGCUCUUCUUCAGAGACAGCAACAUGAGGCAAGAAAAUAAUAGUUCAUAACACAUUUAGAGCAUGCUUUCAGAAGUUAGUGAUCCUCCCUCAGACAGGAUAAGCAAGAUUUUCAAAAGCACUUACGUUGAUUAAAGGACCCAGUACCUGUUUGGGAUUCUGAACAGAAUUCCUAAACAAUUAGUUUGGAGAACUAAACAGGACAGUUGAGAUUGGAAGGGACCUCUGGAGGUCAUCUGGUCCAAUAUUCCUGCUCAAGAAGGGCCACGUGGAGCCCGCGCCCUGAACUCUGUCCAGAUAUCUUUUGAAUGUCUCCAAGGAUGGAAACUCCACAAGAUCUUCGGGCAAUGUCUGUCAGUGCUCAGUCACCCUCAUAAUGAAAAAAAAUGUUUCCUGAGGUUCAGGAAGAAUGUCUGUGAGAAGUAAAACAUUGCCUCAAAGAUUGCUACAUACCAAAACCACAAAUGUCAGUGAAUCAGCUCUCCUCAGAAGAAAGUGGGGGUGCCAUGCAGCUGUAGUUGUGGAGCCUGUCACGCACAGACUUGAGAUGCCAAAUGGCAACAGGCAGGCACAGUGAGGGAAAGAUGUGGAGGAUGCAAACUGAAGUAAGCUAUAAAAAGCACCUGAAAAGCCUGAGCGCUCACUCUCUGCCCACCGCUGACUGU